CAUUAAAAAAUCGGUCGCCUAAUUAACGAAUGAUAUUUUAGUGAUAAUCAUUAUCCCGAAAGUAAUGGGAGAAUUACUCUAAGUUCUUUCCAAUAUGGGUUACCUGAACCUGUAAAAAGUAUAACUGUUAGUAGAAAUUCAACUGAACUGAACGUAAGUAGAUUAAACAGCAACAGCAGCAGAGAGAAUACUCAACAAAAUACUGGUAAUAUGAAUGGACAAAUCAAAUAACAAGGACAAUAUUACAUAAAAAAAAUGACAAUGUCAAUUACUAUCAACAACAAAUACAGCAUCGUCUUUUCGGUGCAGUCGCGAGUAAGCUUGCAUAUUAAUCCACAAAAUAAUUCGACAAUUGAACCAAUCGGUGUGAAUGAACAUAACCAAAAUUUUCAAUAGACGCAGAACAAAAUUACCAUAUACGAAUAUAAUACUUAAAACGAAUAAUCAGUGUUAAUGAAAUUCCUACGGUAUGGCUUAUCAUAACUCGAAUAGUGCUGCAAUUAGUGGUAUCGGUGAAGAGCUGGGCUCCAGUGAAUAUUCCGGCGACGAGCGAGAUGCACGCAACGGAGAUGAUCGUCCCAAAAGCAGUCUGAAUAACAAGCCCAUAUAUCUUCUAGAGCAUUUAGCUACUUUUACAGUGAAUAAAGAAUCAGGCAUUGUUUAUCCAGCAGAUGGCAUGAGACGGCUGUUACAGUUGGAGAAAACCACUGGUAUAUGGUCACAGAAAAUGCAAUUAUGUUUGGACUACCAAUGGGUGCUUAUAAUGGAUUAUGAAACUGGUAACAUCAUCGAGAGAUUUCCUGCGUCUCUAAUUCAAGAACCAACAGCAUUUACAUCUGCUGACGCGAUGGAAUUGUAUAACAAUAUCUUGGUAUUCAUAGUGUCCGGUGGAAGUGGUUCUCGGUCGGAAAUGCACAUAUUUCAGUCUCAAAGUGUAUCCGCCUUGUAUUUAGUUGAGGACUUAAAGAACUUGCGAAACGGUAAAAAUGUGACACAGCAACGAAAAAGUUUAUUGCAACAACAACAGCAACUAAGCUCAAAAAGCAGCUUUGGGGCUUCUGGUGCUGGGUUUGCUAAAUUAUCUCCAGCUUCACAUAGACUGCAUAGUCAUAGUGAACAGCAAACACAGCAGAAUAACACUCUCAUUCCAUCGCGUAACAGUGUUGAUCAAUAUGGGGACUUACACGUCCGCAAUCCUUUGAUAGACAGUAGCCACGCUAGAGGCGGUAUUGGCGAAACGGAUUCAGACCACGGCGGCUUAAAUGAUGAGAUAAGUUCGAUAUCAAGUGACAAAUAUGAGCGUGAUGUGACGGUUUUGAACCAUUGUUUUGAUGAUAUAGAAAAAUUUAUAGCACGCCUUCAACAUGUGGCUGCGGCAUCCCGUGAGCUAGAGCGUCGGCGUCGCAAUCGUAAAACAAAGAGAAAGGAUCCAGGUGAAGGGUUAUUAACGUUACGCACUCGACCUCCAUAUGAAAAAGAGUUUAUAGAUAUUUUUGCAAAAUUUAAACUUUCUUUUAACUUGUUGGCCAAGCUAAAAGCUCACAUUCACGACCCAAACGCACCUGAACUUGUUCAUUUCCUAUUCACUCCUUUGGCACUUAUCGUUGAGGCAUCUAGUGACACCUAUUACGACUCUCAUCUUCCUGCACGCGUGGUCAAUCCACUGCUUACUCGCGAAGCCAUAAAUCUUUUAAUCAAUUGCGUCACUAGCAAAGAAACUGAACUAUGGCACUCGCUCGGUGACUGUUGGGUUGUACCACGGGAUCAGUGGAAAAAUGAUGUUGGUUCUUACCACCCCGUAUUUAUGGAUGGAUGGUCCCCAGACUAUUUGGUAAUUGAUGAAUUAGAAACAAUGAAUACUCCAAGUCAUAUCAACAAGCGCCGAUUCGAAGCUCAAAUUAAUUUAAAUAUGAUACAUGCUGUAUACAGCGAUUUAAACGGAGGUUCUGGAGUUACUGGUGACAAUAACAAUAUAAGCCACCCAGUUUUACAUAUAGGACAAACCGAAGAAUAUGAAACAAAUCAUUAUGAACGAGAAGAAAAACUCAUUGAGUCUGCAAGUUUAAGUGGUGGAUUAGAUUGUGGACCGGGUGAUCUUAGCACACGUAGCGAAAUCUCAAUUGAUUCGAUAGAAAGGAGUGGUGGUGGUGGUGGUGGCUCACAUGGCUUACUUAUAAACAAUAAAACCGCCGAUAACAUCCAGGCAUUAUCAACCGACAGACAGAAAUUGCGCGCACGUGACAACGCCAGAGCCUCUACCAGUGGCCGGAUUAAUAAUUUGAUGACAGAAUACUCCGGUCGUGAUAACACCAACAAUAAUGAGCAAUUGGUGGAAGCAUGGCUGGAUGAUCUGCAGACAGGCGGUGCAAAAAUCGUGUUAGUUACAUAUCCACGUACUGCGAACAACGAUAAAGAGCUUAGUGUCGUUCGAGGAGAAUAUUUAGAAGUUUUGGAUGAUACUCGAAAAUGGUGGAAAGCUCGCAAUAUACGAGGUCAAAUAGCUCAUGUGCCACACACUAUUGUCGCGCCAUAUAACUAUGGCAAUGAACCUGCAAGUCAUCAGUUUUAUUUACAACUACAUGCUCAACAACAGCAAAAAGGAUAUAUCAAUUAUGCACAACCUAGGUAUACGACAAAUACAAUACUCAGUGAUAAUAUUGAAGUACUUCGAUCACAGCAUACUACUAAUUGGAUCCGCAAUAAGCACCAGGGUAAGAAAGGAGAGUUCAGAUAUUUUUAGUAUGCUGCAUAGUUUGUAAAUGUAGACUUAAGUCUCGUUCUUCACUGUGUGUAUAAUCUUUUAAUUGUAGCUUUAACAACACAAUACAUACAUAUUUUUAAAAAGUAGAUCAAGAUAAUUUCAAAUAUAUGUACAUUUCCUUUGAUUUUAUAA